AUGUCAAACUAUCAUCCACCCACCGACCUUGAAGCAGUUGUAAACUCUGAAAUCAAAGAGUGGCACUUCCACAUUUACUUCCAUCAGCGCAACGCUGAUGAGCACCAGGCAGCGCUGGACUUGCGCGAUGCUGUCCUGCGCCUAAGGCGUGAUGGGGCGUUUGUCGCUGUGCCAUUAUUUCGUGUAAACACCGACCCUAUCGGUCCUCAUCCGGUCGGUUCAUACGAGAUCUGGGUACCUUCGACCUCGUUUGCUUCUGUAUUUUCGUACCUUUGUAUGAACAGGGGAAGUUUAAGCAUUUUCGUGCACCCGCUGACCAGCGAAGUGGUAAUUACAUUUGCGUAUCGAGUAGACCAUGAAAUUCGGAAUGCGUGGAUUGGUCCUUCAUUCCCUCUUGAUCUAUCCACUCUCCCAGCGAAGAGUGAAGAGGUACACAUUCAAUACCCGAGUCUGAAACUUGGUUACUCUGCAACGGAACCCGAGUAUACUCUUGAUCAGCGCCGUCGCAUCGGUGCUAACGUCGAGCGCAUCUUGAAGGGCGAGAAGGAAGCGGCCAGGGUACCCAUGAAUUAA